UAACAUGGGAAUGGGCUAAUGUCUCUGUGCAGACAAUUCAUUUGCCCAAUGGAUUUCAUUGUUUGGACUUUUGAGUUAAAGCCCGUGGACUCAAACCCAACAGAGUUCAGUCCUGAUCAAAAGGCGGUCACAUCCACAAUCCGCAUCCCCUCUUCGACCAAACCAAACCCAGUAGUCUAAAACCUCUCAACAAGUUGAAUCUAGCUAAGCUACUACACUCUCAGAUCGAAGUUCCCGGAUGAAUGGCGUCUCACAUUAAUUUCUCUCUCCGGUGCCCGCCUUCUACGCCGCGUUUAGCGUAUAAAUGUCACCUGCGAAACCCUAACUCUCCUCUCAUGCUUAAUUUCCUUCCAUCUUCUUAUUUUUCUCUCAAUCCCCAAAAGAUGUCGUGUUCUAAUCCUUCACGGUGCAGCUUUCUAACUGUGAAGUCUCACAUGGCUACAGAAGAAAAGCCGAUUUCAGAGGAUAGAAUGCUUGUGUUUGUGCCUCCACAUCCCUUGAUCAAGCACUGGGUUUCAGUCCUGAGGAAUGAGCAAACUCCUUGCCCAAUUUUCAGAAAUGCCUUGGCUGAGUUAGGGAGGCUUUUAAUUUAUGAAGCUUCAAGGGAUUGGUUGCCUACCAUCACCGGGCAGAUUCAGUCACCAAUGGGUGUUGCCUCAGUUGAAUUUAUUGAUCCAAGGGAGCCUGUGGCGGUUGUUCCUAUCUUGAGAGCUGGUCUUGCUCUUGCAGAACAUGCAUCAUCAAUUUUGCCUGCAACAAAAACCUAUCAUAUAGGGAUAAGCAGAGACGAGGAGACACUUCAACCAACAAUAUAUCUGAACAAGUUACCUGAAAAAUUCCCCAAAGAGUCACGAGUAUUUGUGGUAGAUCCCAUGCUGGCAACGGGUGGCACAAUAGUGGCUGCUCUUGACCUCAUUAAGGAACAUGGGGUUGAGAACAAACAAAUAAAAGUGAUAUCUGCAGUUGCUGCUCCUCCAGCCCUUCAAAAGCUUAGUGAGAAGUUCCCUGGGCUUCACGUUUACACUGGAAUUAUUGAUCCCACAGUCAAUGACAAAGGAUUUAUAGUUCCUGGACUUGGAGAUGCUGGAGAUCGUAGUUUUGGCACUUGAUGUCUAAUUUUUAUUUUUAUUUUUUUUAAUUAUCAUUAUUCUUUUUCUUUGGGGAGAGUAGCAGAGGAAGAAUGGCGUUUGAUGUACACCUCUAACCUAUUCAUAUAAAGUGACGAUUUGAAAUUUUGAUA